AUGCGGCGGCGCCUGGUGCACCUCGACCUGAAGGGCGCCGCGCCGCGCGCGCAGUACCUGGAGCAGGUGAGGGGUGAACCUGGGGCAGGUGAGGGCCCAGCUGCGUCCCCGGUGUCCUCUCCGUCCCUCCCGCAGGUGCUGCCGCUGCUCCAUGCCCUGGGUGCCACCGGGCUGCUGCUGGAGUAUGAGGACACCUUCCCGUACACGGGGCCGCUGGAGCUGCUGCAGGCCCCCCACGCCUACAGCCCCGCGGAGCUCCGGGCGCUGCUGAGCCGGGCGCGGGCACAGGGCCUGGACGUGGUGCCGCUGGUGCAGAGCUUCGGGCACAUGGAGUUUGUGCUGAAGCACAGGGAGUUUGCCCAUCUGCGGGAGGUGAAGGCGCUGCCCAACGCCCUGAACCCACACAAGGAGGAGUCACUGGCACUGGUCAAAGCCAUGAUUGACCAGGUCAUGGCCCUGCAUGAGGACUUACAGUGGUUUCACAUUGGAUGUGAUGAGGUCUACUACCUUGGCGAAGGAGAGGAGUCAAAGCAGUGGCUGCAGCAGCAAGACAACACCCCAGAGAAGCUGUGCUUAUCCCACAUAAAAGCAGUUGCCACUUGUUUGGCCUCGUCUUACCCCAUGGUGACACCCAUCGUGUGGGACGACAUGCUCAGGGGCAUGAGUGAGGAAACACUGGCAGAGUCCGGGGUCCCACAGCUGGUGCAGCCGAUGAUCUGGGACUAUGCAACAGACAUCGAUGUGGAGGGCAAAGUGCAGCUCAUAGAGAAGUACCACAGGUGUGGCUUCUCCAAGGUGUGGUUUGCAAGUGCCUUCAAGGGAGCCACAGGAGUGAAUCAGUCUCUGACACUGAUUGGGCACCACCUCAGGAACCAGCUGGAGUGGCUGCAGGUGGCCAGCAGGAGCCCCGUGGAUGUCCUUGAAGGUAUCGCGCUGACCGGCUGGCAGAGGUAUGAUCACUUCUCUGUUUUGUGUGAGCUUCUCCCUGUGGCAAUUCCAUCACUGGCCGUGUGUCUGCAGGCACUAAAGAAUGGUGGCUAUUCUGAAAAGGUUAAAGAAACUGUGGAAAAUCUCCUGGGAAUGUCUAACCUGGAAGUUGAUACUUUCAUGAGCACAAGUCUGGGCACCUUUCCUGGGAGCAAUAUCCUCACACUUGUGACACAAGUUAGUUUCUACCUCAAGUCAUCAGUGGAUGAACUUCUGGAAAGGAACAGGUAUGUCACAGGCUGGUUCAGCCCCUACCACAGGAAAAGGAAGAUUAUUCAUCCUAUCAUAAUCCAGCACUUCCAGCCAGAUGCAGUCAGUCUCCUCUCCAAGUGGAAUGCUGUGCUGCAAGACCUCCAAGCAGCCAUGGAGCAAGUUUUCCACAGGUGUGCUGUAGAGGAAUGGAUGGAGGAAAAUGUCCACCCCAGCCUAGAGAAGCUGCAGCAAGUGGUGGAUGAUUUAGAUGAAGCAAUAAAAGCACAAAAUUAGGGGCAUUUCAAUUAGUCUGACUCAUUCCCUGGUUAAACAUGGCUAGUGAAAAUGAGCAACUAGUCCUUGUGCUGGAGUUUGUCAUCUUGAGUGUUGAACUAUAUACUGUGGUUAAACAAAAGUGACCUGAAGGCAUGAAGGAAUUUAUUAGCAUAAAACACUUCAACUCAAUUUUCCUGUCUUAACACAUGCUGAGCUUUAAUUCACCUGCCUGUAAGUCAGGUUUGCUCCCCUUGCAUAACAGAAUGCAGGAGUGAGUCACAACUUCACCUCCUUCAAGGCAGGAAAAAUAAACCCCAGUUUCUUCCAAAUUCAGAAUUUGAAGCAGCAGACUCUUGCAUAACAAUUACCUGGGACAAUUCUACCCUAAUACUUAGGAUACUUUAAAAAUGUUUGGGUCAUUGUGUUCUGCACUGUAGCUCCUUUACCUGUCAGCUGUGCUCUGAGUUGUGUUCCUACCAUUCCAUUAUGGGCAAGAGGGAGCUCAUGAAGCAGUGACACCUGGGCUUGGAGGGAAAGCUGCCUCAGCACAUUGGGCUGCUUCACUUUGUGCCAGAGCACCACCUAAGCUCAGCAUAGUCUCAUCCCCCCAGAAAAGCACCACUCCACUCACUGAGGCAUCUGUUUAGCUGUGUUAGACCUGAAACUACAACCUGCACUUUUCAGGUUUGUCCCAGUUUGAGCCAUGACUAAAGCUAUUAAAUAGGAGGAAAAAAAUGCUGGUUUAUUCUGCUUUAAUGUGAAACUUGUCAUAAUGUAUAGAAAUAUGUUUUGGGGACUUGAGUGGAGAAUUGAGAUAAUCACCAAAAUGGAAAUAAUUCAGAAGUAUGGAAAAGUGUGUUACUCCACAAUGAAUAUUCAAAAUAUUUACUUCUGUUCUUCAUUUCUUCCUUUAAAUUUUUUUGGAAGCACCAGUAUUGAUUUUUUUUUUUAACAAAUCUUGAAAAGUAAAGAAAGUAAAACUUAAGCAUAAGACAAGCUUCAACUGACACAAUGAGAGCCUCAGUAACUAUGUCCACAUGCAGAUCUUCAUCUAAAAAGAACCAAUUGCAAUGUAUACCUGU